AUGUCGCAGGAAGGUCGAACACAGAAGAUUCAAAGCAGGAAGUCGGCCAAUCGAAAAUCGACCGAGAGAAAGGUAUGUUAUCCUGUUUUAGUCGUGUAGCAGUAAUUUUUUGUUGUUCUUGUGCGGUAAACUUACCAUGGUUUCCACUAUUGGUACAGUAGCCUUUAUUUUAUUACUAGUGCCAAAAAUACGUGUUAAUAGUAUUAUUAUACACUUUUUUUAGCAUUUGCUAGUGUAUUUUGUCUUUUGUGUUAACGCGUUUCAUUUUCAGAAGUCUCGAGACGGUAAGGUCGAAAAUAAUACUCAAAGCGAUGACGAUGACGUGAACGGCUCGAAGAAGAAGUAUUCUCCUGUAGCCACUAAGAUGCUCUUUACUAAAACACCUCCGCCAGGCAAGCCGACCGGUCGUACGCCAAUUGGCAAGAUCAACAAGGUAAAAUUGUUUUUAACUAUACUUUAUUAUAUUAUAUUGUCUUAUAUUAUAUAUUAAAUAUAUAAUCUAUGUUCAUUUAUACGAUUAUGCUGUGUCAUAGACUAUUAAAAUAUUGUGGUUGUAUUUCUAGGAAACCAAAGAUGCCAUUCAACGUCGUAAAAAGACGACAAUGGAGACGAGUGAAAGUAAAGUCCCAAAAGGUUCGACAGAGACCGCCAAAGCCAAAGCUAAGAAGAAAGCUGAUAGGUAAGUCAAUGUCAUUACAUUUACAAAAUAUGGCGAUUAAAAGUAAAUUUAUUACCUUAAAAUUUAUGUUGGUAUAGAUAUAGCUUGUCCAAGUGGCAAAGGUAUUAAUUUUUUCUAUUUCAGGAAUGUCAAGAAACGUACGACCAGAAGAUCGCGUCGUACAAGAGCCCAUCCACAACAGCAGAUACAAACCCAGUCACCACCGCCGUCUGCACCAGCCAAUCCAGGUCCUCAGUCCGAACUCCAGGAACACUCAGCUGCACCACCUGAUGGUGGACUAACACCCAGCAGUAGCAGAGUAAAACGACGUUACCUGGAUCACGAUGAAGAAGACGUUGAACUCUCGGACCGUGAAGUCAACAAGAAUCAGUUACAAGUGGCAGAGGAACUAGAAGUCGAGAAAGUAUCUGAUUUGAGAGCGAAAGUGAUUGAGAAGUACUGUAAAGGAGGGUUACGGUCGUUGAUCAAGGAGUACGGUGUUCUGAAGAAUGUGUUGCCAGCUGAUAGUGAAUGCCGAGCCUUCAAGACGUUUGAAGUCAGGAAUCGGUAGGUUUAGGCCAUGGAUUAUAUGUAAGAAUAUAUAUUAGAUCAAUGGUAACAUAUAACGCUUGGAUAAGAAAUUUAUAAUAUACUUCAAAAGCUUAAGUCAUGGGUAAUAUAAAAAGUAUAUAUCCAAGUUUAUUUAACUAAAAUGUAAUGCUAUACAUAACUUUAUAUCAUCAUAACUCCCCCUUUCAGCUACGCCGACGUCUGUUGUCUAGACUCGACUCGUGUAGUUUUGAAGACCCGCGAACAAGACGACGACUACAUUCACGCAUCCUAUGUCAACGUUACUAAUCACCCUGUCCCAAAGUACAUUUGUGCUCAAGGACCGACCGAAGAUACGAUAGCCGACUUUUGGCACAUGGUAUACCACGAAGAUGUGGCUGUAAUCGUCAUGUUGUGCCAGUUUGUGGAGCAAGAGGUCGAGAAGUGUGCUGAAUACUAUUGUUUGGAGCCUGGAAGCAGCACGACGGCCGGGGAGUUCUCGUUGACUACGGACACGAGCGAGGUACUCGAGCAUAAGGUCGUGUGCAAGAAGAUCACUGUAAAGCAUCGGUAGGUGGUUGUAAAAUUGUGUAAUCUUUGGUGAUAAUUUUUAAGUUAAAAAUUUGUGAUUUUUAAACUUUUUGAGUUGUUAUUAACCUUGUUAUCAAAAAGAAAAGUUGUCCUUUUCAAAUUUGUAAAUAUAGCUAUGUUAACAUCGAUUUUCUAUACCCUUGACUAAUGUUUUGAUCUUAUAGAACCGACGAAACAAUGUGUAAGUCAGUGUGUCACUUGUUCUGGGCCGAAUGGCCGGAUCACUUGGCUCCAAUGGAAAGUCACGCUGUUUUAUACUUACUGCGACAAGUCAAGGCCAGAGUUGGUGAAAAAGUCACGUUGGUACACUGUUCGGCUGGGAUUGGCAGGACUGGCACUUUUGUAGCCGUCGAUCAGUUUUAUGACCGAUUAAAGAGCGCGACUAAAGGCACCAAUGUCUUGGAGGUAAGGAAGAAAUUUAAAAAAUGAUGUUUAAGGUUAGCGUGAAGAGAAUGUGAUCUUAUACAGGUCAAUAUAUACAGUUUUUGAUGGCUUAUCUUGAUAUUAUAUAGUUUCCAGUUGAGACUACACUAAUUUUUUCAAAUUUUUUUUUAAUUCUCAGUUGUGCAAGAAGUUCCGCCAACAACGUGCCCACGCCGUCCAAAGCCUAGUCCAGUACAUUUUCCUCCACGUUUGCGUAACAAAGCUAGCCAUUGAAGACAAGAUCAUCAAAGAGGACAAUGACUGUGUAGUCAAGUUUCUGGAAGACUACAAGAAGUACAUGAGCAAGCUGCUGAAGAAGAUCAAGCAAAAGAAGAGUAGCCCGAAACCUGCCCGUUUGAUACCAGUGGAGCCAGUGGAAAAGGAUAAUUCCUUGAACAACAACAUGGCAUUGGGACCAGGUAUACCUGUGCACGAGGAGAAUAGAAACUGUCCGGCACAGAAACUCGAGGACAAGGAAUAA